CGUAUCGCAAGUCGAACUAUCGGAGUGCACAAACGAAACACGUGUCCUGCAUAACCUCAAAAAACAACGCGGUUGCCCAAAGCGGCUGUCUUUGAAUUUGCCCGUACGUAGUGAUGGGUGCCCCGAAAAAAGCAGGUAAGCGAAAGCAGAGCCCAAUCAUUCCGAAAAAAUCAAAUGAAGAAGAAGGAAGAGUAGAUAGUGUCGAAGAACUUGAAGACGAUGAUGACUUGGACGAGAAUUCGGAUUUAGGAUCGGAGGACUUUCUAGCCACCGAUCAACUUGACGGGGACGAUGACAGCACUGACGAUGAAGUCGAAGGGGAUAAUGAUGUCGUCGAUUCUGAUACUGAGAAAGAUCCAAUUGUUUUUGGCUCUGAUAAUGAAGAUGAAGAACUAGAAUUUGAAUCUGACUCUGAAGAGUACGAAGAGGAUGAUGGUGAUUCUGUGAACGACGAAGAUGAAGACGAAGAAGAUUCAGAAGCAGAGAGUGAUGGGUCUCUCAAUUCUGAAAAUAAAGUCAGUUCAGAAUCUGGAAACGAGGAGUCAGAUGAAGAAGUUCGGCAGCCCAAAUCAAAUAACAAAUCUUUAGUAAAGUCUAAUAAGGAAAGCAGUGAAAGUAAGAAGCCAGCCAGAAAUGUAAACAAAAAUGUAGUAAAAUUGAGCAAUCGUUGUGAGAAAAACUCUGAGAAUGGUGUAAAGCAGAAUAAAUCAAGUAUUGUGAAUAGUAGUCGCAAUGCAAGUGACCCAGCAGUAGAAAAACAGAUCAGUAAUGUUGACGAGUAUGAACAAGACAGUUCAGAUGAGGAAGAUAUUCGAAACACUGUCGGAAAUAUCCCCUUGCAAUGGUACAACGAAUAUCCUCACAUUGGGUACGACUGGGAUGGUAAAAAAAUUUUAAAACCAGAGAAAGGAGAUCAGCUGGACAACUUCUUGAAGAGAAUGGAGGACCCAGAUUUUUGGAGAACUGUGAAAGAUCCCAUGACGGGGCAAGACGUAGUACUCAGCGAAGCUGACAUCGAGCUCAUAACGAGAAUCCAGAAGCAAAAGAUACCUGAUGCUAAAUUUGACGAGUACACGCCGUGGGUCGAGUGGUUCACGUCUGAAGUGAUGAAAACGCCAUUGCGCAAAUUCCCAGAGCACAAACGAUCAUUCUUGCCUUCAAAGUCGGAAGCAAAGAAAGUUUCCAAGCUAGUUCAUGCUCUGAAAAUGGGUUGGAUAAAGUCAACAGUUGAGAUGGAGAAGGAAAAACAGAAGAACAAGGAAAACAAAGAUUUUUACAUGCUGUGGCAGUCGGACGAUCAGGCUGAGGAGAUGCGGAGGAUUCACAAGCACAUACCGGCACCAAAGAGGCAUUUGCCUGGUCACGCAGAGAGCUAUAAUCCUCCGCCAGAGUAUCUCUUUGACAAAAAAGAAAUGAAGGAAUGGAAUAAGCUGAAGUCCACGCCAUGGAAAAGGAAGCUUCACUUCAUUCCACAAAAGUUUAAUUCACUUCGUGAAGUUCCCGCUUAUUCAAGAUACAUCAAAGAGCGGUUUCAGAGAUGUUUGGACUUGUAUCUUUGCCCGAGAGCUUUGAAAAUGAGGCUUACCAUUGACCCAGCCAGCUUGGUUCCACAGCUUCCUAGUCCUCAAGAUUUACAACCAUUCCCCACUACCGUGUCAAUGGUAUUUAAGGGGCACACUGACAUGAUAAGAUCCUUCACUGCUGAAGCUAAAGGCCAGUAUAUCGCUUCCGGAGGAGACGAUAUGACGCUUAAAAUAUGGGAAAUUGCAACUGGCAGAUGUGUGAACACAAUUCCUUGUGGAGGCAUUGUGAGAAGUGUCGCAUGGUGCCCAAAUCAAGCAAUUUCGCUAAUAGCCGUUGCUGCAGAUCAGAAAGUUUUAUUAGUCAACCCUGGAGUAGGAGACCACUUAAUCACAAGCAAAACGGACCAGCUUCUAGAAAUCAUACCUCAAAGCGAUGCAAUAGUGAAUGAAAGGGUGAGGGCGGCAGUUCAGUGGGAACAGGCUGAAGGUGAAAAUUGGCGAAAUGGUAUUCGAGUAAUAUUGAAUCACUUUAAAGUUGUGAAGCAGGUGACUUGGCAUGCCAGGGGUGACUAUUUAGCCACUGUUAUGCCCGAUGGACAGAACAGGUCUGUUCUAAUAAAUCAGUUGUCAAAGAGGCGUUCGCAAUUGCCAUUCAGCAAGUCCAAGGGACUGGUGCAAUGUGUUUUGUUCCAUCCCAUAAGACCAUUUUUAUUUGUCGCGACACAACGGAAUGUUAGAGUUUAUGACUUGGUUAAACAGGAGAUGGUCAAGAAACUGCUAUCAAAUUCUAUGUGGAUAUCGACAAUGGCAAUACAUCCUGGUGGUGACAACAUCUUAGUAGGCACAUAUGAUAGAAAGAUGCUCUGGUUCGAUCUGGAUUUAAGUACGAAGCCCUAUCAAACUUUGCGAUUGCAUGGAACAGCCGUACGUGGUGUGGCGUUCCACAAGCGUUAUCCACUGUUUGCCUCUGGAGCUGAUGACAAAGGUCUGAUUGUAUCGCACGGGAUGGUGUACAACGACCUUCUUCAAAACCCACUGAUUGUACCGCUGAAAAGACUGUGCAAUCAUGAGACUUACAACGAUUUUGGUAUUCUAGAUGUCAUGUUUCAUCCAAUUCAACCUUGGGUAUUUUCGGCUGGCGCAGAUGCAACUAUUCUUUUGUACACGUAGUUUAAUUACGCAUAUAAUAUACAAGUUGUUUCAACUUGUGGCCGCGUCAUUAUGUUAUAAUAAACAUAUUUUACUACAUU